AUGGCUUCUCGUCUUGGACGACGCGUAGCUUCGCAAUUGGCGCGUCCAGCUGCGCGUCUUACCAGUCGCGGUGCCGGCGUAACGAAGCGGUGUAUGAGCACCACUGAGCAUGGAGCGCACUCAACAGGAAGUGAUAGGCCGUGGAUGGCAAGUUUACGUAUUGGAUCCGCGCUUGUAUUUGUUCCUGCUUUCUUCUACCUUAUUUCUCCAUCCGCCAAGAAGGAGGCCCAUGGUGCGGCACAUGGCCAUGGUCACGAAAAGGAAGCGAGCUCUGCCCCCGUUAACGAGCCUGAAGUUCCCGUUGAAGUGCAAAGCUCUGAAGAGCAGACUUUGGAUCCUCCUCAUGGCACAAAUGAAGAGCAGAAAUCGAAGCAGGAGUCUAUGACUGACGCCGACGGGGUGACUGUAUCGGGAGAAGAGCUCAGCAAGUCAGUGGAGCAAGCUUUUAGUGAGGACUCCCCCAUUGAUGCUCAGGCUGCCGAAGAGACUGAACACGAACCGAACUCGCCCGCCACGAGUUCUGACGCCCAGGGUGACGACUCCGGUCCGACUAACAGCGAUGCGGAAAAGACAGCGACGGGGAAAGCGCCUCCUCAGGAUGCGAAGGACGACUGA